AUGUCUGUCGCGGACGAAGAUGGCGCAGGACAAAACGGCAAUCCGGCAGGCGCUCAAGCAAGUUUAUUGACAAGCGACGUCAAAGGGCUUCCUUGCUUUAACCCCAGGGAAGACCCAACGAAUUUGGCUGUGAGAUGGAAGCGCUGGAAGCGGUCAUUUAAUGUGUUUUUAACGGCAAAGGGAGUAAUAAAUGACAAACAGAAAGUGGCAUUACUUCUGCAUACGGGGGGGUUGCAGUUGCAAGAACUAUAUUUUACGUUAGUAAACGAAGACGAAGAGAAAGAGUUUAAGGAUUGCGUCAAGGUCUUGGAUGAGUAUUUCGUCCCUAAAGUGAAUCUACCGUUUGAGAGACACCAGUUUCGUCAAAUGAGUCAGAUGAACGGCGAGAAAGUGGAUCAUUUUGUUUCGCGUCUUAGGCAAAAAGCUACUACGUGCGAAUUUCAGAACGUGGAAGAAGCAAUUCGAGACCAACUAAUUGAGAAAUGUGGCGACUCAAAGCUUAGACGGAAGUUUCUUGAACGCGUUAAUGCAACACUCAAGGAUUUACAAGAUAUUGCGCGGGCAUAUGAGGCGGUAGAAGAGCAGUUGAAAUCAAUGGAAGGUUCGAAUACAGUAAACGUUGUGAGUCAUAAAUCGCGUUGGAGCGGACGAAAAGAGAAAAAGGUCAACACAGAUCAGAAAGAGCGCAGAUACUCAGCCAAGGGGACUGGGCACGACAACAAGGAUAACGUACGACGAUGUUACAACUGUAAUAAAACUGGGCACUUUGCUCGAGACGCAAAUUGUCCAGCAAAGUCCAAGAGCUGCAAUAAAUGCGGAAUCAUAGGUCACUUCUCAGCUUGCUGCAAAAAAGCAGGGGAGAAGCACAACAAGGAGAAAGAAAAAAAGGAGGAGAAAAGAGCAUAUAAAGUCUCUGAGGAAGAAGGAAAAACACCAACAAGAGAUGACUAUGCCUUUGUUAUUGGUGGGCAUGGACAAAAAGAUACUCAGGUGCAACAUGUAAUGUGCGAGUCAAGGGUAUCAGACAAGAAACUGUUUGCGUAUGGACAGAAAGAGCCAAUCGACGUUGUAGGGACAUUUACAGCAGAGAUUGUGUGCGAGGCAAACAGUGAAAGAUGUGUAGACGAUUUCACUGUGAUUAAAGAGAACGGAAGGCCUAUAUUGGGGAAGAAAACAGCCGAACAAUUGAAAGUACUCAGGGUUGGACCUGAAGAAAUAAUAAGAACUGUUAACACGGUCACACAAGAGGGAAGUGAUUCAGAUAUUCGUGAGGAGUUUGCUGAUAUUUUUACUGGAGUCGGACUACUUAAGGAUUACAAGCUGAAACUGCAUAUCGAUGAGGAUGUUAUACCAGUUGCUCAGCCGGUGCGUAGACUGCCAUUCGGUCUAAGGGACAAAGUAGACGAUAAGUUAGACGAGUUUACUCGACAUGGGUAUUAUCGAAGAAUUGCCAGAAGCAACGCCUACAAGUGGGUUUCACCAUUAGUGGUUGUUCCAAAAGCAGAUGGAAAGGAUAUUCGAGUUUGUAUCGAUAUGAGAAGGGCAAACGAGGCGAUUGUAAGGGAAAGACAUCCUAUUCCGACCAUAGAAGAAGUUUUGUAUGAUUUAAAUGGAGCAACGGUAUUUAGUAAGAUAGACCUCAAAUGGGGGUUUCAUCAAGUGGAACUCACAGAGGAUUCAAGGGACAUUACGACGUUCGUGACACACCGGGGGUUAUAUAGAUAUCGUCGACUGAUGUUCGGAAUUACUUCAGCUCCAGAGAAGUACCAGAAAAUAAUCUCAGAUGUUUUGGCAGGGUGCAAUGGGGUGGCAAAUAUUGCGGAUGAUCUUAUUGUUUACGGGGCUGAUUUAUCCGAGCAUGAUGAGAAUCUUUAUAAAGUACUAACACGUCUGCGAGAGAAAGGUCUUACCGUAAAUGGGGACAAAUGUCAGUUUAGACUUCCGGCCUUGACUUUUUUUGGCCACAAGCUCAGUGCCAAAGGGGUGGCACCAAGUGAAGAGAAAGUUGCUGCUGUAGUCGACGCUAGACCAACCACAAAAUGUUUCGGAAGUUAG